CCGCAAAGGCUCCGCCCCCUUUGCUGUCCCAGGCCACGCCCCUCGCGCUUUCAUUGGUUGGUUCCUGAAUGCUCCACCUCUUUCCCUCGUUGUCCAAUCAGCGCUCGGGGGCGGGGCCGGCGCGGUUGGAGGCGGAAAGGGGGGGGAGGGGGCGGCGACAGCGCCGCGAUCGCGACAGAGGCGACAGAAACCCCCCCCCCCGGGGCCAGCGCAGCCCCCCCGGUCGCGACAGGUGUCCCCAGGUGUCCCCAUGCCGCGGCGCCUCCUGUCCCUCCUGCUGGCCCCCACGCGGCUCCUGCUGGCCCUGCGGGGGCUGCUGGCCCGGGGGGGGCUGGCGGUGGCCGCGGUGGCCUCGGGGGUGGCCUUUGGCCUCUGGGGGGUGGCGCUGCUGCUGCGCCGCGGGCCCCGCGCGACGCUGCGGGGACAGCGCAGGGACACGGCCCCGGCCGGGCUGGCCGAUGGCACCUUCGGGGAGCACCGGCACCUGCGGCUGCAGGGCUCGGGGCUGCGUCUCCACUACGUCACUCGGGGUCCCCCCGGUGCCCCCCUGAUGCUGCUGCUCCACGGCUUCCCCCAGAACUGGUUCUGCUGGCGUCACCUGCUGCAGGAGUUCAGCGCCCGCUUCCGGGUGGUGGCCCUGGACCUCCGCGGCUACGGGGACUCGGAGAAGCCACCGGGGAGGGACAGCUACCGGCUGGAGCUGCUGCGCGGGGACAUCCGCGACGUCAUCGAGGCCCUGGGGACGCCGGCGGGGACGCCGCGCUGCGUCCUGGUGGGACACGACUGGGGCGGCGUCCUGGCCUGGGAGGUGGCCUCGAGCCACCCCCAGCUGGUGGAGAAGCUGGUGGUGAUGGACGCGCCCCAGCGGGGCGUCAUGGCAGCUUUCAUGACCCGUCACCCGUCGCAGCUGCUCCGUUCCUGUUACAUGUUCCUGUUCCAGCUGCCCUGGCUGCCCGAGCUGCUCCUGUCCCUGGCCGACUUCCAGCUGGUGAGGACGUUCCUGACCAGUGCCCAGACGGGCAUCCAGGACCCGGCGUGGCGGCUCUCGGAGCAGGAGCUGGACUCGUACCUGUUCGGCCUCUCCCAGCCCGGGGGGCUCAGCCCCCCCAUCCAUUACUACCGCAACCUCUUCCGGGCCACGCCCAUCCCGCGGGAGCCGCCCCCUCCCCCCACGCUGCUGCUCUGGGGCUCCCGCGACGCCUUCCUGGACCCGCGCCUUGGCCCCGCCCACCUGCGCUGGCUCCGCCCCUCCGCCCGGCUCCGCCUCCUGCCCGGCGCCUCCCAUUGGCUGCCCGAGGAGAGGCCACACCUCCUGGCCAAGCUGAUUGGAGAGUUUCUUGGGGGAGGGGCCGAGGAGGGGUCGUAG